AUGGUGGAUGAAGCAAGAUCUUUCAAUGAAGAGCAGCUAUCUUUAUGUAUAAGAUAUACUAAAAAAUUAGAUGUUGUUGAACGAUUUUUAACUUUCUUAAAUGUGUCGGAGAAACAAGAUGCUGAUUCUUUGAGUACUGUUAUGUUUAAUUAUUUGGAUGCUAGUAACAUUGUUCAAAUACCAAUAGUCGCACAAUCAUACGAUGGAGCUAGUGUGAUGUUGGGCCGAUUUAAUGGUGUGCAACAAAAAGUAAAGUUGAAACACCCCUAUGCCAUAUAUACUCAUUGUAUGGCACAUAGAGUCAAUUUAAUUGUAAUUGACAUGUGCAAAAUAGUUAAAGUAAAUUUAAAACAUAAAUAUACAAUUAAAUAAUUUUGAUAUACUCACUAUAUUUUUUCAGAAUACAAAUUUUGAGUCAUUGAUAACCAAUGCCAAAACAGCAGUAAUACGAGUAUGUCCUAAUGAAGUAACAUCUUUUGCAAACAAUCUACCUAAUGUUAUUGCAAAUAAUAAUAAUGAAGUAUGUUAAAUAUAAUGUUUAUACUUAUUAUUUAUUAAUUAUCAACUAUUAGGUACCUUAUAUUUUUAAUUUAAUGAAUAAUAUUUUUUCAGAAUACAAAUUUUGAGUCUUUGAUAACUAAUGUCUAAUGCCGAAACAGCAGUAAUAUGUACUAAUGAAGUAUCUUCUUCUGUGAAAAAUCCACCAGAUGCUAUUGAUCAAAAUGAUAACAAUACAACUAUUGCCAAAACCAAUAAUAAAGUUUGUUAAUACAUUUGUUUUUAAUUGAUAAUUCUUUUAAUCCAUACUAUUUAUAGGAUUUUACAAGCAAUUCACAUACCAUUGAAACAUGUACAGUGGACGUAGACCCUAUUUGCUUACUAGCAAAUAAUGAACAAAAUAACGUUUCUGAAUCUGUAGAAACUGAAAUUCCAAAUAUUGAUCCGGCAGUAUUGGAAAUCAACUCUACAAGUAUUAAUUAUUUAUUAUUAAAUCCGCCUAAGCAGAAUUUGAAAUUAAUACAUUUAAAAAAAACUAAAAGAGUUUUUGGUAAAUAUGUGAGGUACCUUCCAUUAAAUAUAUUCUAUAGACAAAUGCAAAAUGGAGAAACUCGUUUUAGGGAAUGGAUUUUAUAUUCACAAUUAAAAAAUUCUUUAUUUUGUUUUCAAUGUUUAUUGUUUGGUAAUAAAAAAAACAUUGUUUGAAAAUCAAGUAAAAGGUUUUACUGAUUGGAAAAAUGUUAUGAUAAAGUUGGUGAGCAUGAGAAGAGUUUGUCACACGCAUAGUCAGUAAAAUCAUGGCAUUUAUGGAUGAUAAAUUUUGUUCAAUGUAGAAUAGAUAAGGAAAUGAAAAAGGAAACAAUUAAUAAUUUGCAUAUUGGGAAAAUGUUUUGCAUAGAGUUGUGGAAACUUUGAAAUUUUUAACUUCUAGAGAAUUAGCUUUAAAAGGACAAAAUGAACAUUUCGGCUCUGAACAAAAUGGAAAUUACCUUGGAUGUUUAGAACUUAUCGCUAAAUUUGAUUCUUUUAUUUCUGAACAUAUAAAAAAAUAUGAAAAUAAAGAACAUCAUUAUCUGUGUUUGUACGUGGGUUUUUGUAAUAAUA